CAUCAUCAUCAUCAUCACCAUCACCUUUAUUACCAUCAUCAUUAUCACCAUCACCUUCAUCAUCAUCACCACCAUCAUCACCACCAUCAUCAUCAUCAUUGCAUAAUUAAAACUGGCCAUGUAACUGCGACACAGUAAACACUACAACUAUUACAUAGAGAAAUUAAAUGUGUUAGAGAAAGAAAUUACUGUGUUCAUGUGUGUGUGUGUGUGUGUGUGUGUGUGUGUGUGUGUGUGUGUGUGUGUGUGUGUGUGUGUGUGUGAGAGAGAGAGAGAGAGGGACUCUCCAGGCGAGGCCUCGCCGUUAGCAUCCAGGCAGCUCCUCUGUUCUCCAGAGCUCAGAGCGGGGUAGAUCUCCUCCAAAGUCCCUCUGUCUGAAGGAGCAGACUGUGUGGUACUGGAACUCGGCGAGCCAAAACAAGAUGAAGAUCAUCCCUGGGUUCCUCCUGCAUGAGCGUGUGUGUGUGUGUGUGUGUUUGCGUGCUCCCCCCCCCCCCUACUGCGAGGAUGUCAGCAGCAUCCUGUCACACGCCUGCUGCCGAACGAGGAACCGUGUCAGAACCACUCUGCAAACAUGUCGAGCUCGCUGGUCGUGUGUGAGGUGGAUCCGUGCCUGACGGAGAAACUGAAGAAGUUUCGCUUUCGGAAGGAAACCACCAACGGCGCCAUACUGAUGAAAAUAGAUAUGGAGAAACAGCUGGUCAUAUUGGAGGAGGAGUACGAGGACAUUUCUCUGGACGAUUUGAAGGAAGAGCUUCCCGAACGUCAGCCUCGGUAUAUAGUGUACAGCUACAAGCUCACACACUCCGACGGCCGGGUGUCCUACCCACUGUGUUUCAUCUUCUGCAGUCCUGUGGGUUGUAAGCCGGAGCAGCAGAUGAUGUACGCAGGCAGUAAAAACAGGCUCGUCCAAACGGCCGAGCUCACCAAGGUUUUUGAGACCCGAAACACGGACGAUCUCUCGGAGGAGUGGCUGAAAGAGAAAUUGUCCUUCUUCCGCUGAAGAUCAUUAAAGCAGAAAUAAAAGUAUUGCUUUAUAAUUGUAUCUGAACCUGAUUAAAAUUACGCUGUUUAAAAAAAA